CCGCCCGGCCUCGGCUCGGGCCCGUCGCGCGACGGCAACCGCAGCGGGCAGGGGGCGCGCGGGGCGCGGCGGGCGGCCGGCUCGGGCCAUGGGCAAGAAGCACAAGAAGCACAAGGCGGAGAAGUACCCGUAUGAAGAAUAUGUAGAAAAACCCCUAAAGCUGGUUUUAAAAGUCGGAGGAAAUGAAGUAGCAGAGCUUUCCACUCAGAGCACAAUACACGAUUCGACCCUAUUUGAAGACAAAAAUGAACAUGAAAAACACAAAGACAAGAAAAGGAAGAAGAGGAAAAAAGCUGAAAAGCAAGUUCCUGGAGAGGAGAAGGAAAAAAGGAGGAGAAAAGUAAAGGAGGAUAAAAAGAAGCGAGAUAGGGACCGUGGUGAUACCGAAGGAGAAAGAGAACUGAAAUGUCAAACUCCUGUAAGACUGGAAAUGCCACUUGAAAAACCACUGGCAAGCAGUUUAGCAAAACAGGAAGAAGUUGAGCAGACUCCACUUCAAGAAGCUUUGAACCAACUUGUCAGACAGCUGCAGAGAAAGGAUCCAAAUGCUUUCUUUUCAUUUCCUGUGACUGACUUUAUUGCUCCCGGCUACUCCAUGAUCAUUAAACGGCCAAUGGAUUUCAGUACCAUGAAAGAGAAGAUCAAGAACAAUGGUUACCAGUCCAUAGAAGAACUAAAGGACAACUUCAAACUGAUGUGCACCAAUGCCAUGGUCUAUAACAAACCAGAGACGAUCUAUUACAAGGCAGCAAAAAAACUCUUGCAUUCAGGAAUGAAAAUACUCAGCCAGGAAAGAAUUCAGAGCUUGAAACAAAGUAUUGACUUCAUGGCAGACCUGCAAAAAAGUAGGAAGCAGAAAGAUAAAGCAGGCGUACAGUCCAGUGGAGAAGACGACGAUGGCCUUGGAAAAGAUGCAGACUGCCCGGAUGGAGACCUCAAAACCUUUAAAAUUCCCAGCAAGGAGCACAAAAAGAAAGAAAAAGAUCUCCUUGAGGAAAAAAUAAGGAAUAGUAAUUUAGAGCGGGAACAAGAGCUGAUUGAACGGAUCAUUCGGGAGUCAGGGGGGAAGCUGACAAAACGACCUCCUAACGCUCAGUGUGAAUUUGAACGAAGAAAAUCAGAUGGCACAACCACCCUGGGACUUCUUAAUCCAGCAGAAGCAGCUGGGGAAGUCGGCCAUGGCUCUGCGAAGUUGGGUGUGACUGCCGGAAGACUUCAGUCAGGCGUCAAUACAUUACAAGGGUUCAAAGAAGACAAGCGGAAUAAAGUUACUCCCGUGAUGUACUUGAACUAUGGACCCUUUAGCUCUUACGCUCCAGCUUACGAUUCCACGUUUGCAAAUAUCAGCAAGGAUGAUUCAGAUUUAAUCUACUCCACUUAUGGAGAAGAUUCUAAUCAAGGGAAUUUCAGCAUUAACGAAUUUUUGGCCAAGUGUCAGGACUACCCCUAUGUAAUGGCUGACAGCUUGCUGGAUGUCCUCACCCAAGGAGGACAUUCUCGCUCACUGAGAGAGCUAGAGACGGUACAGUCAGCAGAGGAUGCCGAAGGCCUCCGUGAAAGGGCUGAAGUGGCCAAGGACAUAGAGGUUAUGGAAACGGAUCUGGCCAGCAGGUCCUCUCUUACUAAGGAGAGGCUCACAGCCCUGAGAGCAGUGAUCAAUUUUGGGAUGCCCACAGAGGAGUUUGAAUCCGAAGAAGCAGAGGUGUUCCAGAGAAAACUUGACGAAACCACGAAGUUGCUCAGGGAGCUCCAGGAUGCACAGAAUGAGCGGCUGAGCACAAAACCGCCUCCGAACACGAUCUGCCUCUUGAGUCCCUCUUACAAGGAGAUGCAUUUGGCCGAGAGAGUUACCAGUAACCUCAAAGAGCUUGCGCAGCAAGUCGCUCCCGGCGAUAUCGUGAGCACCUACGGAAUCCGCAAAGCCAUGGGCAUUUCGGUCCCUCUGCCAGACGUCGCAGAGAACUGCGUUGACCUCACGGAGGAGGUGGAAGAAGCCCCACAAGCUCCCAUUGCCAUUGGAAAUGAAUGUGAGCCCGUUGCCACGUGAUCCUUAGGCUAUUUAGACUUCAGCACUCUGCUUGCAGUUUACCCCAGCACACGUGUGGGCUCUUCGUGUGGGGUCUGUCUACGGAAACGUUUGAGUCCUUAAUAAAACCAUUUAAAAUUGAA